AUGGUCCAGGGCACCCUGGAGCCCGAUGGCCUCGGCGGGGGCUGGGACGGGGAGGAUGACUCGGACGGCGCUGUCCUGGCCCUGCUGGCGCUGGCUGUGGUGGGUGCCACAGCACUGGCCUUGCACUGGUUUGGCUCUGGGCAGGACCAGGAGGCAGCAGGACCCGCACCCACAACCCCCGGGGCCCAGCCUUCUCAGGCGGGAGGAGCCAGGCCAGCCCUGCCCCUGAAGUCCAAGGUCAGUGGUGGUGUCGAGGGACACAGCUCCGGGCAGGGGAAGUUAGACUCUUCGGGACGUGGCCAGAGGAGUCUGGCUGCACCAGGGACCCAGGAUCAGAAGCUCCGGGGAGCUGGAGGUCUGGCUGCCACAGCUCUACCUCCACUCAAGACACCUGGCGAGGUGACCCUUGGAGGGACCUUGAGGCAGCAGCAAGGUCAUGCCAGUGCAGGAGCCCCCCAAAGUCAAGGAAGGGAGCCUCUCAGGCCAGGUACUGCCCCCCUGGGUCAGAGCAAAGUAGGGGAGGUACCUGGCCCCAUCCUGAUACGCUUCACCCCUCGGAGUCCUGGCAGAGAGCUGGCAGGACGAGUGCAGGCAGGAGGCGUCCAAGUCAAGGUGCCAACUCACCAGAGCCUGCUCCCCAUCACAGAACAGGACACCAGUCCCUGGCAACAAGGUGCAGGGCGACCUGGCUCACUAGAGAGAGGCCCCGGCUGCCGGCGGUGGCAGGUGGACCCCAGCUCAGGAGAUAGGAACCGCCACGUCCCACAGCUGGCCUCCCUGCGCCUGGGCGCUGUGGUGAGUGUGUGGGACGCUGUGGAUGCUGCCAGCAGCCUCGCCACAGGCUCUCAGAAGCCCUCUGCUCCCCGGGAGCUGCCUCCAUCACACCCCACACAGCCUGGGCCCCGGGCUGAGGGCAUAGAGAAGGCCUACAGGGAGAGCAUCCUCCAAGCAGCUCCUGUUCUGGCUCUGGAGAGCAGGGAGGCUCGGGGACCCCCAGCCCCCGUGGAAGGCUGGCCCUGGGAGAGGAAGGGUGUUCUUGUCACCAGGAGCACCAGCCAGGCCCCAGGCUCCACGGGCCCAUGGCCAGAGGGGUCUCCGUGUGGACACUCACUCUUGUCUCAAGGGCAGGGGGCCACAGACCCCAAUGACGCGGUAAAGGCGGGGGCUAAUGGCUCUGGAGAUGGCUCUUUCUUCAGCCCGGGACUGGGUGGGACACUGGAGCAAGCAGGCCACCGUGUCAGAGAAGGGGGAGAAUCCCAGCGAGGCCAGGGGGAGCAGAGCAGUGAGCAGAGAGGAGGCGGUGGGGACAGAGGAAAGGCCACUGGAGGCGCCCCCUCCCGGAGUCCCUCAGCCACGCCCUCCCCACACAUCCCUAAGUCUCUUCCACCCUUGGCUUCCCCUCGGACAGCCCGUCAGCACGGAGGUCUCUUACGCGUAGGCCCUACUCUUCUGACCUCCUCUCCUUCAGACUCUUUGUCCCUCAGAGUUAGCCAUUGUCCUGCAGAGGAUGAAGCUCUCAGUGCAGUGCGACCAGCCCCCGCCCCCACCCCAGGCCCAGCCCCCGCCCCAGCCCCCGCCCCAGCCCCCGCCCCAGCCCCCGCCCCAGCCCCAGCCCCCAGUAGUGGGUCAAGGCUUAUGACACAGGAGCCCAGCGUGGCCCUCAAGGACAAGCAGGAGGGACAAAUCCCAACCAGCUGGGAAAACCUUAUUUCCGUGGUUCUUCGGGGUCACCCUUUCCCCAGGCAAGACAGACCCCAGGGGAGAGCCCCAAAGGCAGCUCUCGAGAGCCCUAGAGAUCCCAGCACUGGUGCGCCCUCUGAGAACAGAGAGUCUGGUUCCCCGCCUGAAGGGGCCGCCCCCAGCCUGGAGCUCAGGGAAGGCUCCUCAGACGGACCGGCCACAGGGGCAGACGCGGGGGGCCUGGCUGAGGCGGGACGUGAGCAGCCGCAGAGCCGCGUGGAGACCGAGGAGGCUCCCGCUCCAGACCCUCCCUCAGGUCGGAGAGGCGAUGCCGUCGAGGAGAAGCGAGAAGACCCUGUGCCGCCCGGCGCUGCCAGGCCCCUGGCCGCCGCCCCGCGCCCCGAGCCCAAGCAGCCUGGCCCCGAGCCCUCCGCCCCUGGGAGGGGCGCCUCGCAGCCGGUCCCGCACCCGCGGCGGCGCAGCGCGUGCGGAAGAGCCGAGAGCGCCGAGCGCGGGGUCGGCCCGGCCGCGCCGCGGAGACGCCCCGGAGAGGCUCGCGGGGAGCAGCCCGGCGCGGCGGGCAGCGGGGGGCCGUUCCCGGAGGCGCGGGAAGAAGCCGGGAAGCCCCCGGGGCUGCUGCAGAGGCCGGGGAGCCGGGGCCUGGCCCGGGAGCCGGCUCCGGCGGCCGCUCGGCCACCGCGGCUGGACCUGGGCAACUGCCUGGACGUCCUGGCCUUCGCCCAGCAGCACGGGGAGCCCGGCCUGGCGCGCGAGACCUACGAGCUGAUGAGCGACAACCUGCUGCGCGUGCUGGGGGACCCGAGCCUCUACCGGCAGCUGAGCGGGGCGGACCGCGAGCGCAUCCUGAGCCUCCGGACCGGCCGGGGCCGGGCGGUGCUGGGGGUCCUCGUGCUGCCCAGCCUGUACCAGGUGAGCCGCUCGGGGCUCGCCAGGGGCCCUUGCGGGGAGGAGGCUCCCGCUGCGGAGUCCGCGGCCCCGCCUCCCCGCCCGCACCUGCACGUGUUCGACGCUCGAGAAAACACCUGGCGGCCCCUGACUCAGGUGCCGGAGGAGGCCCCGCUGCGGGGCUGCGGCCUUUGCACCAUGCACAACUACCUGUUCCUGGCGGGCGGCAUUCGCGGCUCCGGCGCCAAGGCCGUCUGCUCCAACGAGGUCUUCUGCUACAACCCUCUGACCAACAUCUGGAGCCAGGUGCGGCCCAUGCAGCAGGCCCGCGCCCAGCUCAAGCUGGUGGCCCUGGACGGGCUGCUUUACGCCAUCGGUGGCGAGUGCUUGUACAGCAUGGAGCGCUAUGACCCGCGCACGGACACCUGGACCCUGCGGGCGCCCCUGCCCGCAGGCACCUUCCCUGUGGCCCAUGAGGCUGUGGCCUGUCGUGGGGACAUCUACGUCACCGGGGGCCACCUCUUCUACCGCUUGCUGAGGUACAGCCCUGGGAGGGACGCGUGGGAUGAGUGCCCCUACAGUGCCAGCCACCGGCGCUCCAGCGACAUGGUGGCGCUGGGGGGCUUCCUCUACCGCUUCGACCUGCUGCGCGGCGUGGGCGCGGCGGUGAUGCGCUACAACACGGUGACGGGCUCCUGGAGCCGGGCGGCCUCCUUGCCGCUGCCCGACCCCGCCCCACUCCACUGCACCACGCUGGGCAACACCAUUUACUGCCUCAACCACCAGGUCACGGCCACCUUUACGGUCUCUGAGGGGACUGCCCAGUUCCAGGCCAGAGAGCUGCAGCCCUUUCCUCUGGGGAGUAAGGGGGUGCUCUGUCCAUUCAUCCUGACUCUGCCUGCCACGGACCCACUGCAGACUGCCCUCUGAGCUGCUGCUCUCCAACGAGACCCUGGGACUGGGAGUCCACCAGCACCUGGGGCAUCGACUGCACAGUUGGGAUCCAGAACUUUCUGCCAUUGUUUCCGGGACUUUCCUUUUCUAUUAUAAGACUCAUGAUUUCCCCCUUCCAUAUCCCCCACCCCAUAAAAGAGAUUUCUCACCCUGGGAGCUGAGGCUCCUUGUACCCCUGAGCUCGUUGGGGGCGUCCCAAGCCU